UAUUUCAGUCAUUCCAGUUCCAGUAUUCCAAUCAUUUUGGCAUUCUAGUAUUUCAGGUUCCAGUAGUUUCAGUAUUUCAACUAUUAAAUGUAUUAAACAAGAUGGGGUAUUAGAAAUUUUUCAACAAAAUGUUAUAGCAAUAAUAUAUCAUUAA